AUGGCUCCUCCAUUGAAGACUGGUAGUCGCAACAUCUCCUACACAUUUCUAAAUCCGAAUCUGGAUUCUCUCGAGUGUUUGGUUAAGAAGAUCACGCCGGAUGAAACAACCAAGUUCCGUGAAAAGUAUGGGUAUAUUCUGAGUCUUCUCAAGAUGCCGUUCACCAAAUACGAGCAAGAAGGAGUUCAUACCUUGCUUCAGUUCUACAACCCUUCUCUCCGUUGCUUCACGUUCCCUGACUACCUUUUGGUUCCCACAUUGGAAGAAUAUUCUCUUUUCCUCGGUGUUCCGAUCAAGAAGGGAGAAGUUCCGUACUAUGGCACCAUGGAGGCUCCCACUUCUAUUGAAAUCUCCAAGGCUCUUUAUUUGAGCAAGUCAGUUGUUGAUGCAAAUCUUUCCGAGAGAGGAAGAUAUCAGGGUUUUCAUAUGGAGUUCCUGGUCAAAAGAGGGUGUGAUGCUGCUGAAGCGAAAGAAUGGGACACUUUUAGGGCUAUCCUGGCUCUAAGUAUCUAUGGUGUCCUAAUGUUCCCGAACGUGCCUGAUUUUGUUGAUAUGAGUGCAAUCCAUUUGUUCAUUCUACAGAAUCCUGUUCCUACACUCUUGGGGGAUGUUUAUCAUUCAGUUCAUCAAAAGAAUCGUCAAAAGAAGGGUUUGGUCAGAUGUUUUGCUCCUUUGCUAUACCGUUGGUUCAGAUCACAUUUGCCUGAACGUGGAGCUUUCGUUGAUAGUAGGCACACCUCUAAAUGGGCUGAAAGGAUUAUGGGACUUAGAGCCAAAGACAUUGUAUGGUAUAACAGAUCUUUGGAAGACAAGGAGGUUAUCAUGAGUUGUGGAAAGUUCAAUAAUGUGCCCCUCAUGGGUGUUAGAGGUGGGAUCAAUUAUAAUCCCGUCUUGGCUAGGAGAACUUAUGGAUAUGCUUUCGUCAAUCCUCCUGAGCAAUCUGAGAUUGCUGAAAACCUUUUUUAUCAUGUAGCCACCAACACUGGGUAG